GUGAUAUGACGCUGAGGCGGGCUUCCUGUGGCGACUCGGCGGUCGCUGCGUUCUCUCAACUCUUUCACGUUUGCUUCAAUAUCACUGAUUUAAGUCUCUAUGGAACGCACAAGUCUUCCCGGUGGUAUUUUUACAACUUAAACAAGUCCGUGGACGUGUUUCCGCCAGUUUUGAACGGACAGAAGUUGCCGCCGGAGAAGAAAAAGUCGCCUCUCGGCCCGGUUUGGGAGACUUGAAUAUGCUCUUCACCUGAUGUGAAUCUGAGCCACUGGCAUCCGCUCCUCUCAGCAAUGGCAGAGAGCUUCUACAGGCUGGAGGAUGAAGCCUUCCCCAGCUUCCUGUGCAGAUCUCUGGACAGCACCAGUGGCCGUGCCACCCUGGAGAAUAUGACCCUGGGUUCAGGCCCUGGACUGCCCGUGGCUGCUUCCACUGUGGCUAAAAUUAAACCCCAGACUGACAACAGAGAUCCUGUGGAUUCUUCGUAUCUGGAGGGUGAAAAACGGCAGCGGCGCCCGACUGUUGGAGAACCGCCCAGGUUCACUCUCGGCUUCAAAGACGACUUGGACAAUGCAGACGACUUCAUCGCGGCCCACCGCCUGUCAGACAUGCUGCUGAAGAUUAAUCUGGAGGAGAGCGCUUCCAGGAGCGUCCUGCCUCCCACUCAGAGCGGCCCGGUCUGCGGCCGGCCCACAGAGCUCGCUACAGAUCUGUCUACAGGACUCCUGACGUUUGCACAGUUUGGGCAAAACGAUCUUCCGGAUACAAAGGCUCCGCCUCCGGCCGAGGACGACCACGCUCGGAGCGAAGGGCUCGACAGCGACCACUUCAGCGGCAGCAACUCCAGCUUCCUGGCCAACGAGAAGCUCAUGUGUGCCGACAGCAUGAGCAGCGACCUCACCGAUGACGACAUCGACUUGAACAACCUGCCGGACGACGAGCUGGAGCUGUACUUCAACAAGCUGGUGCCCCCCGCCAUGCAGAGGGGCCGGGUGGAGGGCCAGGAGAUCCCCACCGGAGUAUCUGCCGCUGCUGAUCUGUCCAGCCCGAGUUCAGCAGAACCCGACACCAGACACCACUUCCUGGAUCAGUACGAUCAGGAGGACUUCCGGAUGCCAGACGUGCGCCAGGCCGCCACCGGGAUGGACUCCUGUCCCGCCAGCGACGAGGACACGGAGGACGAGCUGGAGACGGCCAGGAGGAGCAGCAGCGGCGCCAGAGCCCGGCUGCUGCCCAGCACGUCCCGACAUCUGGUCGGAGAAAGCAACAGGCCCACCUUCCGCCCGGGCCUGGAAGGAGGCAGCUCGGACGAUGAGGCGUCGGGCGGCGGCCCGGCUCCGUACCGCUCCGGGAUCGAACAAAGGCGAUCCGCUGAAGGACAAGUCAUCAGCUCCCCGGUCUCAGGGGACGGAGGAGGGAACGGAAGCAGCGGCAGCGAAGAAGGCGGCAACGACGGAGGAGUGUCCACCAUCCCCCUUCCGCCCGCUAACGCCCUGACCACGUACGACGCCCUGCGCGGCCUGGGCAUCGUGGGCGAGGAUGAGGACGGCCACGAGGACGGACCGCCGGCACGGGAAGGAGCAAUGGGGGACCGGGUGGGCCCUGUGGGGACCGGCGAGGCCAGCUCCUCUCAGAGGCUUUCUCUCAACUGGAGCAUGGUGCUGGACCGACAGGAGGCUCUGGAUGCCAUGGAGAACACCGACUCCGGUCCUGCAGCCGACCGCCUGCUGGACUCUCUACCUGAGGACCGGGGCGGACCGAGGAAGCCUCAGGAUGCAACAAACCUGGCCGCAUCUCAGCUUCAGGGGACUCAAGGCAGCUUCCACCUCUCCCAGGUCCUGAUCCCCGACUGUCACGGCGGCGGGCCGGAGGAGGGAGCGCACGCUGACGGUGCAGAGGCCUCGGACGCCACCAGCGAGGAGAACAACGUCCUGUCCACUUCCCUGGAAGCAAAGUAUUUCACCCAGAGCUUCAACCAGGAGCCGGACGACUCGGACGACGCCUGGAAUAACUGCCCCGACAACCUGGAGCUGGAGUUUGAACAGGGAGCCAAGGCGGCUCAGGGCGUGGUUUACCAGAAUGAAGAAGGCCAGUGGGUGACAGACCUGGCUUACUACUCCUCCUUUGAGAAAGAGCUGGACGGGACAGCAGAGGCCGACGGACACCUUCAGACAGAGGACUUCGUUCCUGCCUGCGAUGCCAUGGAACGAAUCAUUAAGGACCAGGAUUUUGAGAAGGAGCACCAGUUCAUGCAGGAGGAGCAGAUCCCGCCUGCAGCGGCGGCGGCGGCAGACAGCAGCUGUCAGAGCGACGCCUCCUGGAAGGCCCCGGCCGUCGGCCACGUCCUGAUGAGGACCUCCCAGGUCUCCGAGUUCCAGCAGGGCGACGACAGCUACCUGCGGCUCUCCCUGGGAGAGUUCUUCAGCCAGCGCUCCGAGGCUCUGGGCAGUUUGGGCACAGUGGAGGCAGUGAAACGGCCGUCGUUUGGGUACGAUACCUCUCCGGAGAAGAGGGAGCCGUUCGCCCUCAUCCACCCGUCGGAGCUCUCCGGUACCAACGGCUCCUCUCAAUGCGACCGUGGAAGUGAGCGACGGAGAAAAACCCUCAGCCCAGAGGACUUGGACAAAACCCUGGAAGCUCCAGGAGCGAGGCUGACACCAAAAGGACAUCCUCAUCCUGGGUCUGAGCAGGAGGAGCAGGCCGUCGGGGCCUCGCCGUCUGAGACUGGCUCCGGUUCAGAAUCGAGCGUCGGCGGUCAAGGCACGUCUCCUGAAACCGAGAACAGCCAGCUGAUGCUCAGCAUCAGCACCAUCGCCUCGGCCAUCGCCGACGCCUCCGUCAGCACCGACCCGUCGCAGCUGGCCGCCAUGAUCGUGGAACUGUCCAAAAGAAGCCGGGCCAAGAGUCGAGGCAGUCCAGCAGGGCCGCGGCGAGCAGCACCGAGGAACACACCUCGGCUCCACCUAGUCAGGAAUGAAAGCGCUGCUUUCUCCACACAGACGCUCCCUGACUGGGAUCAGACUGCAGCUCUGCAGAAAACCACCUGCGUUGGGGAGCUGAGUGCCUUCGACAUGGAGAAGUACCAGCGGCGGGACACGUCGGGCAGCAGCGACGCCUCCGCGGCGCACACCACGUUCGACCUGAGCGCCUGGGCCGAGAGCCUGGGCCGAUCCCAGAGGAAAACCCAGGCUUCAGAUCCUGAGAACCGGAGCUGCUCGGCUCCGCCGGCGACAGCCGGGACCGGCAGGUCGCCGCGGGGGAAAACCAGAGAGACCAAGAGUUUAUCAGCAGCAGCCGAUCCCAGCGCUCUGUCGCCUCCCAGUAGGGCCCACUGCAAGAGGAGCUCCAUCCCUCGUCCUCGGUCGUCUCUGAGAAGAUCCGUGGGCUCGUCGACUGCUUCUGAUCACUCCGCCUCGAACGGGUCCAAACCACAACUGACUUCAGAAACUCAACACCUGACGAGAACCUCUGCUUCUCCACCUCGCCUGGGAUCCCACAGUGAGGAAUCGGGUCGUGGGUCAAACUGCCCUCUCAGUCUCGCCAGGACAGAGCUGUCGAGUCUUCAGAGACGGACCCGCCAACAGGAAGUACGACGGCGGCUCCCAGAAUGCCGAGCUUGGAGAAGCCGGCCGGUGUGUCCGGCCACAGCGAGAAGCCAGCAGCAGAUCCUGCAUCCGGUGACGUUUCCUGCGCCGGGCGUGGAGGAGAGUCAGUGCAGCUUCAGACCGUCCACCUCUCCUCUCACCCACUUCCCCAGUCAGACCUCCAUUCCCAGUGCAGACGGCUUGUUGUCUCCGUCGUCCAGCGGCGGUGUGGCAGACAGGCGUCCUGCCCUGGACCUCUCCCGCUCUCCCUGCUCCAGCCCCAGCCUCAGCCGACUCACCUUCAUCUCCGUGAACGACGGCAGAGCCGGGCCGACGCCGGAGAGGCCGAAGACUAACUGCAGCAUGGCUCUGAGCACCACCAUCAUCAGAUUCAGUCCGACCCCGCCCGUAGAGCCGGACGCCACGGAUCAGGCCCAGCACUCCAGGAGCCUGGACCCCCUGCCGGGACAGACGGGGGAGACCGCCGAGCCGCCCCGGAGCGGCUCCGCCCUGAGCGAGUGUAACUGCCGCCGCGCCGGCGAGCCGUCAGCGGGCUGCAGGAGCCGCACGCACGCCUCCCAGCCCGGCGCCAUUCAGCUCACCAAGGUGGACUCGGGCUACAGCAGCAACCUGAACAUCCAGCAGGCCGGCCCCGGGCCGUGGGGGGCCGCCGCCCCGCUGCCCUCGGCGGUUGCCGGCGCACUCGGCCCGCCGCCGUCUUUCCCCUCUGAGGGACUCCACUACGUCCCCAUCCCCAGCUGUCCCGGAGUGGUGGACCUGCCUCAGGGAAACAUACAGUCCCUCCUCAUGGGACGCCCGCUCUACCCCCCCCAGCCAGCCCGCCCAUACCUGGGACCGGAACCUUCUCUGCAUCCCGGGUCUUAUCACGCCGCAGGAAGCGCUCUGUACUCUGUGUCGUCCACAGGCAAACGUGUUUGACCAAACACACAUCUGAAGCCUUCUUCUUCUCCUCCUCCUCUGCUGCACAGUGGAUCCUCUGGGGAUCGGUGGCUCCUGUCCAGGCCUCACCAGAGCCAGCAGGACAUGGCCAUGCUGGGGAAGCCCUUCAGUCAGUACGGUGCCGAGGCGCUGGUGGAAGAAAUGCGAGGUCAGGUGGUGGCCCCGGAGGAGCUGCUCUUCCCUCACGCCUGCUGCGUGGGCAUCGCCUCGCAGACCACGCUCAGCCUCUUCAACCCCUCCGACAGGUGGCAGCAGGUGUCGAUCGCCGUCAGCAGUCUGGCUGUCGACGGAGAGAAGGUGGACAGCUUGCGUUAUCAGUGGCUGAUCGUGAAGAACAAGACGAUCAUCGGCCCCCGGAGCACGGAGGAGCAGAAGGUGCUGUUCGUGCCUCCGCGGCCCGGGGCCUACCACUGCGUCCUCAGCGUCUCCUCCUGGCCGGCGUCUGCAGAGCCGGAGGUGGCGGCCCGGGCCAGCAUGUUCGCCAAGAGGGUGGUGCUGGUCGCCAUCGCGGAGAACCCCGCGGUGGAGGUUGAAGCCGGCAACUCUGGUUGUUUAGAAUUCGGGGACCUGCCAGGAGGCGGGGCCAAGUCGCUCCCUCUGAAGCUGCUGAACAGGACUCAGGCCACGGUGCCGAUCCGGCUGGUCAUCAACGCGACCGCCUCAGCAUGGCGCUGCUUCUCCUUUUCCAAGCAGCCGGUGGCGUCGGAGGCGCCGCAGCAGGCCGGACACGUGACCCUGGUGACUCCGUCGGUGAUCAGUCACGUUCUGCACGCCAGCUACGGAGAGACCGUGGACAGCUUCCUGGUCUGGGUGCAUUUCAAGGCUCCUCAGAAGUACGCCGCUCCCUCAGAGGAGCUCGGCCCGGCCGAGGAGUUCAGCGCUCGAGUGGACGUGGAAGUGGACGGCCCCGGUCCCAGCCACGUGAUCAGAAGCGUUCCCCUCAGAGCGCGGUCCGGGACCGCCAGAGUCCACGCCCCCAAAGAUCUGCAGACCGUCAGCCUGGCUGCUCCGCCGGGGAAAUCUUGUCAACAGACGCUGCCGUUAAAGAACGCAGGAAAUGACGUGCAGUUGAAACUGAAGAUCAGUGAUACCGAGGUUUUCUCCGUCUCCCCACAAGAGCUGUCGCUGAGAGUGGGAGAGGAGCGAGGCAUCGUGCUUUCCUUUAAAGCUCAGGCCGGCCUGAAACACAGAGAAAGCCUGCUCACCAUCCUGGUGUCCCCCUGCGGACCUCAGUACGAGGUGACCCUGAGAGGCGAGGUGACCCCCGAGGCUCCGCCCGCCGCCGUCCCCCCGUCCGUCCCCCCCAUCCUCUCCAACAAGCAGUUCGUGGCCUGGGGAGGGGUCACCCUGGGACGAGCCGUGCAACAGAAGCUGGUUCUGAGAAACAACUCCAGCGUCACCCAGCAGCUGCGCCUGCUGAUCCGCGGACAAGACCAGGAUUGCCCUCAGCUGCAGAGCAUGUUCAGCCCCGAGGAGCGUCUGACCCGACACGGCGAGCUGUCCAUCCGUCCCCGGGAGGACGUCACCGUCCACCUGCUGUUCGCUCCCACCCGGGUGGCCUGCAUGCUGGCCAAGCUGGAGAUCAAGCAGGCGGGCGUGCGCCCGUCGCAGCCCGGGGUCAAGUUCACCAUCCCCCUGUCCGGCUACGGCGGCACCAGCAACAUCAUCCUGGAGGACCAGAGGAAGCAGGCGGACGGCUACGUGGCCACGCUGCCCGGCGUCGCCGUCGGCCACGUCAGCAAAGUGUGCCUGUGCGUGAGGAACACCGGCUCCAGAGCGGCGUUCGUCAAGCCGUGGCCUUCUCCGACCCUCCCGAGCCGAACCGUCAUGGAGGCGUCCGUCAUCAGCCUGGCGCCGUCACAGUUGUCCUGAAGGAGAGGACUCAGGAUGGUGAUCACGGUGCUGAUGAAGUCCUCGCUCAGAGAGCAGAGCCUCUGCCAGUCCUCCAACCCUCUGCUGGCCACGGUCUGCCUCUUCUGUGGGGAUGAAGUCUCCAGGCAGCAGUACAGGAGGCUGAUUCAGAGCAAACCGGAGGUGGCGCAGAAGGCCCUGUCCGAGAACAGCCUGCUGAGAAACGUGGACUUCAACGAGAAGUCUGGAGAAGAGAACGUCCCAGAAACCUGCGACCUUCCCCAGAGGCCCAACGAGGCGCACAUCUUCUACGCUAUGAGUCCAGCCACUGCCAUCUACGGCUCGUCGAACGGAAACGUCUCCCUGGACGUGCUGCCGGUGAGGGGUCCCCAGGGCCCGGCGCUCCGAGUGGCAGAGCCCCCCCCUCCAGGUACCCAGCAGUCCGAGUCCUGGAUCGUCCAUCCGGAACAGCUCGUCCUCGCAGCCCCCACCCUCGGCGGUGCGUCCGUCCCCAUUCAGGUCCAGAUCCGGAACAACGCGUCCAGAGAGCUGCGGUUCGACCUGUCGUGGCCCGCCCACUGCCUGACCGUCACGCCGCAGCACGGACUCCUGGAGCCUCAGAGCCACCUGCAGAUCCUGAUCAGCCCCAACCCCUCGCUGGCCUCCCGGCCCGCCCUGCCUGCCUGGAGCGGCCAGGUCUACGUCCAGUGUGACGGCCAGCAGAAGGUCAUUAAGGUCCAGAUCCGUCAGGACCUGGCUCUGGACGUGUCCGCCGCCCCGGCCGACCCGCCGGCGGCCCUGCCCGCCCAGGCCGCCACCCCGCUGGUGCUGCCGGUGUCCAGACUGGCCCCCGGACCCCCGCCCGACCCCCAGCCUCUGCUGGAGGUCAGCAGCAGGACGGUGGUCUUCCCCGCCACCCUGUCCGGGGAAACCUCAGAGGCCCAGCUGGAGGUGCAGCGGGAGGCGGAGGUCCGGUGGUACCUCUCGUCCUUCGCUCCUCCGUACGUCAAGGGCGUUGACGACAGCGAAGAUGUUUACCGGGCCACCUACACCGCCUUCAGGUGCUCGCGGGCGUCCGGGACCCUGGGAGCUCAGCAGAGGCUGCAGGUGCCCAUCACCUUCCUGCCCCGGGACCGGGGCGACUACGCCCAGUUCUGGGACCUGGAGAGCCACCCGGUGGGCGAGCCGCAGCAGAAGAGCAGGGUCCGCUUCCAGCUGUGCGGCACGGGACUGAAGUCUGGACCGCCGGAGGCGCCUCAGGAGGGAGACUGCUCCCUGGUGAAGACCGAGGCCUCGGUGAAGAGCCGCAGGAGGGCCGACGCCGCGGCGCCCAGAUCCAGCCAGGAGGAGGCCCAGCACAGGGGCGUCUACGCCCCGCAGGACGUCUACGCCUUCCCCGCCACCCGGGUGGGACAGUCCAGCUCUCUGAAGGUCAACAUCCGCAACAACUCGGCCGACACGCACGAGCUGAAAUUGAAACCCUAGGGCCCUUUCCACAUCAAGCAUUCCAAAUAUUCCCUCAGGUGAGUCCAGCACUACCUGAAGCUGCCCGUCCAGUUCCGGCCCGGCUCCGCAGGCAGCCACUCCGGCCUGCUGCUCAUCCAGUCCGAGACGAGUGGAAGUCUUGUUAUUCAGCUGACCGCUGAGGCGUUGCCCUGAACCCCCCCCCACACCGCCUCCUCUCCCUCCAAACCGUCCAGAUGUGGGUCUGGUGCCGGCAGCUCGCAGCAGCAGCAGCGCCGCGGUUAAUGACUGUUAUUCCAGGCUGAAAGCGUUUUCCUCUGGCGGGGCUGUUUGUCGGGCGGCUCGCCAGCGGCCGCUUGUUCCGGUUACCAUGGCAAAACGCUGCUAAUCACUGCAGAUUAGCUCCCCGUUUCCUCUUUCCACUGUGGGGCACAUGGCCAGGAGUUGGGGGGGGGGGGGCAUCAGGAGCCAGACAUGAUCAGGGACGUCUUGUUAGCCUGUUCCACGCCACGCAGGGAGCCGGCGCUCUGGAAGACACUAGUGUGGAGCUUGAAUAUGAAGGUGGUCACAGUCCUCACUCACAUUGCACAUGCUUCAGAUUCUUUAUGUAAUAUAUUGUUUAUGCACUCGUUUUGAAUAAAGUUUUGUC